AGGAGCAGACAGACACGCCGUCUGCCGCCGCUCUACAGGUCUUUUGCCCGUUUGGGUGCAGAGUGUGAGUGUCUUAGAUCUGCCGUUCAUUCAGUGAAGUCAAGUGGAGUGAUCAGACUGAGGCAACAUGUGGACUGCACGUCCACAAAAAGAGCAGGCGAGCCCUGCUCAGGGCCCUGACUGCUAAGCAUGCUGGGUAAGGCUCCACCGACAACCAGCAAUCUCGACCUGGUGAGCUCUGAAGCCUCGGACGCCACGCCGGACACAGACGCGCUCGACGACAUCGACAUGGCCGACCUUGUGGAGAGCCUGGAUACCAGAGAGCUGGACCUGGAGGAGGGGGAGGAGGCCGACUGUGAUGGGAACUACUUAGGAGACUGUCGCAUCCCGUUCUCGGCCGUGUACGCCACGGUGGGCUUCAGGGAGGCCAGCGCCAAGGUCUACCUCCCCACCGUGCCCAUCACCGCCCGCAUCCUGGAGGUGGAGAGGUUCACCACGGCGCAGGACCGCUUCAACGUGUCGCAGCACAGGAGCGUCAACAAGUCCCUGCCAGCGGUGUUUAAGAUUGAGCUGAAGCAUGGGGAGUUCACCUGGGUGGUCAAGAGGAAGGAGAAACAUUUCUUGGAGCUGCACAGGGAGAUGAGGACCUACAAGACCUUAAUGAGGAUACCGCUGCCGACACGCAGCCACACGGUGCGCAGGAAGACGGUGAGGAAGAACGAGGUGCGGGAGAUGCCCUCCCUGCCCCGGGGCGGCAACGACGACCUGGUCCGAGACGAGCAGGUGUCCAGCAGGAGGAGACAGUUAGAGGACUAUUUGAACAAGCUGCUGAGGAUGGCCAUGUACCGCAAAUAUCACCACACUAUGGAGUUUAUUGACGUCAGCCAGCUGUCCUUCAUUCAUGACUUGGGGCCCAAAGGACUGGAAGGAAUGAUCUAUAAGCGCUCCGGUGGGCAUCGUAUCCCCGGAAUGAACUGCUGCGGCCACAGCCAAGCCUGCUACCGCUGGUCCAAGCGAUGGCUCGUGGUAAAGGACUCGUGCUUGCUGUACAUGAAGCCGGACACGGGGGCGAUCUCCUUCGUCCUGCUGCUGGAUAAAGAGUUCAGCAUCAAGAUGGACUCCAAAGAAACAGAGACCAAACACGGGGUCCGGAUCGACAGCCUCUCCAGGACCCUGGUGUUCAAGUGCAGCAGCUACAGACACGCUCGCUGGUGGGGUCAGAGCAUCGAGAGCUUCGUGAGGGCUCACGGGAAGGCUUUCCUCCGAGAUCACCGCUUCGGAUCCUUCGCACAAGAACAGGAGAACGUCUUCGCCAAAUGGUACGUGAACGGAAAGACGUACAUGGAGGACGUGGCCGACGCUCUGGAGGAAGCUAAGGAGGAAAUCUUUAUCACUGACUGGUGGCUGAGUCCAGAGAUUUUCCUAAAGAGACCGGUUGUGGAAGGAAACAGGUGGAGGCUGGACUGUAUCCUCAAACGGAAAGCACAACAGGGAGUACGAAUCUUUGUCAUGUUGUAUAAGGAGGUGGAGCUCGCUCUGGGCAUCAACUCCGGCUACAGCAAGAGAACGCUCAUGCACCUGCAUCCCAACAUCAAGGUGAUGCGCCACCCAGACCACGUUUCCUCCUCCGUCUAUCUGUGGGCGCAUCACGAGAAGAUCGUGGUCAUUGACCAAUCGGUGGCCUUCGUGGGCGGGAUCGACCUGGCCUACGGUCGCUGGGACGACCGAGAGCAUCGGCUGACGGACGUGGGGAGCGUGACGCGCUCCGUGGCGCUGGAGCAGGCUGGCUCCACCAACACCCCGUCUACCAACGCCGUAUCCUCGUCCGCCGAAUGCGUCUCUCAGAGCAACGGCCGCGGGACGCCGCCCGGGGAGCCCGUGGACCUGCCCAAGCUGAAAGGCAUCGGCCGGAACAGGAUCGUCCGCUUCAGCAUCUACAGACACCUGCAGAAACACACCCUGCAGCACGUGGACAGCGUGAGCAGCGUCGACAGCGCAGGGAGUGGCUCAGUGCGAAGUCUGAAGACCGGCGUUGGAGAGCUACAGGGAAACACUCGUUUCUGGCAUGGAAAAGACUACUGCAACUUUGUUUACAAGGACUGGAUCCAGCUGGAGAAACCUUUUGAUGACUUCAUUGACAGGUACACAACUCCCAGAAUGCCUUGGCACGACAUUGCCUCAGUGGUUCACGGCAGAGCGGCGCGCGAUGUGGCGAGACACUUCAUCCAACGCUGGAACUUCACAAAGAUCAUGAAACCAAAGUACCGCUCCCUGUCGUAUCCGUUCCUGCUUCCAAAGUCUCACACCAGCGCCGACGAGCUCAGAUACCAAGUCCCGGACUCUGUCAACGCCAAUGCGCAGGUGUUGCGGUCUGCGGCAGAUUGGUCGGCGGGGAUAAAAUACCACGAGGAGUCCAUCCACAAUGCCUACAUCCAGGUCAUCGCCAAGAGCAAGCACUACAUCUACAUCGAGAACCAGUUCUUCAUCAGCUGUGCAGACAACCGGACGGUCUACAACAAGAUCGGAGACGCCAUCAUCGAGAGGAUCAUCAGGGCGCACAAGGAAGGGAAGAAGUACCGCGUGUACGUGGUCACCCCCCUGCUGCCGGGCUUCGAGGGGGACAUCACCACCGGGGGAGGGAACGCCAUCCAGGCCGUCAUGCACUUCAACUACAGAACUAUGAUCAGAGGAGAAUACUCCAUCAUCUCCCAGCUGAAAAAAGAGAUGGACGACCAGUGGAUGAACUACAUCUCCUUCGCCGGUCUGCGGACUCACGCCGAGCUGGAGGGACGCCUGGUCACCGAGCUGAUCUACGUCCACAGCAAGAUGCUCAUCGCCGACGACAACACGGUCAUCAUUGGCUCGGCGAACAUCAACGACAGGAGCAUGCUGGGUAAACGUGACAGCGAGGUGGCGGUGAUCGUUCAGGACUGUGAGAAGGUCCCUGCUGUGAUGGACGGACAGGAGUACGAGGCCGGACCCUACGCUCUUCAGCUGCGCCUCGAGUGCUUCAAGACUGUCCUUGGAGGCCACACCGACUCCAGCAUUGACGUGUCGGACCCCAUCAGCGAUCGAUUCUACAAGGAGGUGUGGAUGACUACAGCCGGACGCAAUGCCACCAUUUAUGAGAAGGUGUUUCGCUGCCUGCCCUCAUCCCUGGUGAGGAACAUGUCGGAGCUGGAGCAGUACCAGUCCAAGCCGGGUCUGGCUCAGACCGACCUGGCCAGAGCUCAGGAGGAGCUGCGCAAAAUCCGCGGCUUCCUGGUCCAGUUUCCCCUGGACUUCCUGUCGGAGCACAACCUCAUGCCCUCCGUCGGAACAAAGGAAGCCAUGGUCCCCACUGAGCUCUGGACAUGAGACGCACAAUCCUCCCACCAGCGACUCACACACACCAAGUCAACUCUCUGGAUUGUGCUCUUCAUGAAGAUGCAAGAAAUCACUUUUGAUUAAUAUAAUCCAGGACUGAGGGCAGGAUUUGAAGUUCCUUUGGCCUGUAAUGACUGCUGGGCAUCGACAAAUCUCUUCAAUCUGUUUCUACUGAUAAACGGUAGUUAGGGCUUGUUGGGUUGAGCGUCAAGAUUUUGGACAUGAAGAACGCAAAUGAAUCACACCUGGAGACGGCGACUGUGGAACUGUAGCUGAAGGAUUCCUGAGGGACCAUCAUGGGGCAGGAGAGCAGCAGCGAUAAAUAUGCAGAUAUCAUAUGAAAUAUGUCAAUGCAUGUGAUCAAUGAGUUUGUGACGUACGGUGCAUUAGUGCUUUGUACGCUGUCGAUCAGCUCUCAGAUGAGCUGAGGAGCUUUAAGCACGUGCUGCUUUCCAUAAAUUCUCAGAAUUGAAAUGAGUGUUAAUCUCAGAUCUAUUGGGAUUUUUUGUUUUUUUUUUUGUUUUUGGGUACAAGACAUCUAAAAAUGUUCCACAGUUUGCAGCAGAGGCAGACGGACAAUUGUAUUGGUCUAACAGUAACGCCUGAUUUACUAACUGCUCCGAUCUGGUUAAGAUGACUGCCUUGAUGCACGUAUCGGUGACUUUCUUUUUGUUUUUGUUUUUGUUUUUUUUUUUGUUCAAGGUGUUUUGUGAUGUUUUCAUAAUGACAUCUGAACCUUCUGCAUCGCUGCAGUCAAGGUGAACCUAAUCUAACCCAGAUUAAAGACCUAACUCAUCCCAGAGUGGCACACGCAAUGAUGAAGAGUGAAAACCUGGCAGGGCGGUUGUGCCGGUGGCUGGAUGAGACAAUCAAACAGCGAUUUCGGUGUUUGCUCAGCAGAUGGUGCUACCUUUCCAAAUUUACUGCACUAGCUGUAUGAAGGCGUCAAACAGUUGGAGAUCUUUGAUUUAUUUGCAAAAAUAGUAAAAAAAAAAAAAAAUGAAGACACAAAAACAGAUGCAGAUGUCGAUGCGAAUUUUAAUCUAUUUAUUUUUGGUCAAAAGGACAUUUAUUGUUUUCUGAUGAUUAGGAAACGUCACUCUUUAGUCAGAUGUGGCUAUGAAGGCUUUCUUUAUUUCUAAUUUGGAGUUUUCGUCACAUGAAUUCGUUCGGUGAACCUGCCUAAAUGUGAAACUCACUGCUCACUUUUUGCCAUGAAAGAAUUAUUCGUGAAAGAUCAAGCUGAUCCUGCAGCUGUCAGGAUUCUCUAAAUCUGAUGGAGAAUGUGACCCGCGGGCGUUUCUUGAAGCAGAAACGGGCAAAGUAGACAAUUAUUGUAUUUUAUGGGACGUCACAAUAACUCGUUGAUAUUUCUUAAAUGGGACCAGAAAGUUGGCAAAUGUUGAAUGAUAACAGACGGAAACUAUUUGCUCGUUGUUUCGACGCGUUUUCUUCUCACUUAAUUGAUUUUGGACAACUCUUGCCUGUAAUGUUUACCCCUGCCACGGUUGUCAGUGCAUUAUUUAUGGGACAGGAAGCUUUUAACAGUCGUUAGACAUUUAUUUUGAACUGUACAGCAUGGUUGUAUAGAUACUCGAGGACUCUCUUUUUGCUCUCACUGCGACCCGUUGGUCCGACUUCCACAAGUUUUAUGUACCAUAACAUUUUUUUGUACAGCUGAACAUAUUUCUAAUUUUGUCCGUUCAUUUAACAAAGUGUAAUUUAAAUGGCUAACAAAUAAAAAUUAUCUAUCUUUCCUU